AUGCCCUCAUUCCGUCUCAGCCCCCGCGUCCUACAUCGUGCCCUUCAAAGCCGCACAUAUGCAACCGCCCAAGCACCGGCAAUCAACGUCACCAACGUCCCAGCACCACACUGUGGAAGCAUACGUAUACUUUCUCUGAAUCGACCUGCGGCACGUAAUGCGAUAUCGCGGCAAUUGCUCGCGGAUUUGAGCCAUCAAGUAAACAGCAUACACAAUGAGGGUGACAACGGGCCAACCAGGGCGUUGAUAUUGGCGAGCGAUAUCGACACGAGUUUCUGUGCGGGCGCAGAUCUAAAGGAGAGGGCUACAUUUACGCAGGAAGAAACAUCCAACUUUCUAACUACGUUACGGGGAACAUUUGCAUCGAUCUCACAACUACCGAUUCCUACAAUCUCUGCAUUGGCAGCACCAGCAUUCGGUGGCGGCCUCGAACUAGCCCUUACAACACACAUGCGCGUCUUUGCCUCUAGCACCACCGUCGCUCUCCCAGAAACUCGUCUCGCUAUUCUUCCUGGCGCAGGAGGGACAUACCGUCUCCCUGCUUUGAUCGGUCUUUCACGUGCACGGGACAUGAUAUUGACAGGCCGCCGUGUAGCAGCGCCGGAAGCCUAUUUCCUGGGGCUGUGUGACCGGUUAGUGGAGAUAACUGCCGAAGACGUACAGCAAGAAGGUGCUGCGCGAAAGAAGGUCUUGAACGAAGCUGUAAGACUAGCAAGGGAGAUAUGCGAAGGUGGGCCGAUAGCGAUCAAGGCUGCGCUUCAAGCGGUGGAGGGCUGUGCGCUGGGCGAGAAGGCCGAGAAUGCUGCAUAUGAGCUUGUAGUCAGGACAAAGGAUCGCGACGAGGCGCUUCUCGCAUUUAGGGAGAAGAGGAAGCCUGUUUUCAAGGGCGAGUAA